CUUGGAAAACCAAUGGCUGAACCAGAGAGCCUAGGAAAGAGCCAUGGCCUGAAGACUAUAGGGUCAUCUGUUUUUCCCUGACAUUCAUGUAUCUUUCAGGUGGAGACAGGACCCAGGACAAUGGCUGCUGCUCAUGACUUGGAAAUGGAGGUUAUGAAUCUAAAUAUGGAUAGAGCCAUGAAAGAAGAGCUGGAGGAAGAGAAGAUGAGAGAGGAUGAGGGAGGUAAAGAGUCCUUCAAAAAUAAAAAAGUCCACAGGAUUGUCUCAAAAUGGAUGCUUCCUGAAGAGGUCCGAAGAACAUACCUGGAGAGAGCUAACUGCCUCCCACCCCCGGUGUUCAUCAUCUCCAUCAGCAUUGCCGAGCUGGCAGUGUUUAUUUACUAUGCUGUGUGGAAGCCUCAGAAGCAGUGGAUCACGUUGGACACAGGCAUCUUGGAGAGUCCCUUUAUCUACAGUCCUGAGAAGAGGGAGGAAGCCUGGAGGUUUAUCUCAUACAUGCUGGUACAUGCCGGAGUUCAGCACAUCUUGGGGAAUCUCAUUAUGCAGCUCAUUUUGGGGAUUCCUUUGGAAAUGGUCCACAAAGGCCUCCGAGUGGGGCUGGUGUACCUGGCAGGAGUGAUUGCAGGAUCUCUUGCCAGCUCCAUCUUUGACCCACUCAGAUCACUUGUGGGGGCUUCAGGAGGAGUCUAUGCUCUGAUGGGAGGCUAUUUUAUGAAUGUUCUAGUGAAUUUUCGAGAAAUGAUUCCUGCCUUUGGAAUUGUCAGACUACUGAUCAUCAUCCUUAUAAUUGGGUCGGACAUGGGAUUUGCUCUCUACAGAAGGUUCUUUGUCCCUGCGAAUGGGUCACCGGUGUCUUUUGCAGCUCACAUUGCAGGUGGAUUCGCUGGAAUGUCCAUAGGUUACACUGUGUUUAGCUGCUUUGAUAAGGCGCUGCUGAAAGAUCCAAGGUUUUGGAUAGCAAUUGCAGCUUAUUUAGCUUGUGUCUUGUUUGCCGUGUUUUUCAACGUUUUCCUAUCCCCAGCAAACUGACCUGCCUGUAAUAUAAACUAAUUAAUAAAAAGAGCCAUCUGGGAAAAAACUGGAGAACUCUAUGAAGAAACAGAGAAGUCCCAGCAACUGCCAACAUUUUUAUAAAGAGAGGGAACCACCACUGAAGUCAUCAGCUGCAGAGCCUGCUUACAAAAGGAGUUAUGGUUUAAGGAAAGGGCUUCUGAAUGCAAAAGGAGGAAAGAAGAGGAGAGAGAACGGAAGGGAAGUAAAAACCAAGAUUGGCUUUUUCCCAGGCAUAUGGUGUGUAUGUAUCCUGUAAAAGAGACUUGCUCUCCUUGGAGGACAUAUUGUAGAGAUUGCUUGAUAGAAUCCACAAAUACUGUGCUAUGCUGAUAAUAAAAACUUUUCAUAUCUG